AUGGACGACUUGAACGUGAUCACAGAGCGUCCACAGCAGUUGCCUCAUUUCUUGGCCAAGUUGUGGUCCAUCUUGGAUGAUCCUCAAUAUGAAAAUGCAAUUUGUUGGGACAACGUAAGUGUUUAGUUGAGAAUUGUAAUUUUAGGUAAUAGCCUCUAAUUUAUUAGUCGGCGCCACAUCCUUAUUUUUUAAAGCGUUCUCUAAUUUUCUUGUUUUUCAGAGUGGGGAAUCUUUUCACAUAGUUGAUUCGUAUCUGUUCAAGAAUGCUGUGUUACCGAGAUACUUUAAGCAUAACAAUUUAAAUAGUUUUGUUCGUCAACUGAAUCUCUGUAAGUUAUUCUCUUUCUGUUUAUAUACAUUUUUACAUCAAAUGGCUCAUUUAUUUUGUUCAGAUGGCUUCCGGAAGAUCCCGAUUGUUGGCAAUGCUUGUUUAUUAAAUGAAAAUGGAGAUAAUCUGCACUUCUCUCAUCCCUUCUUCAUUAAGGGGAACUUUCAUCUGCUUCAACACAUUAAGAGGAACGCUGUCAAAGGAACAGGCAACUCCAAGGUCAAACAAGAACAAGCAGCUGAGAAGCGACAAGUCACGGUGCCCGAGGAAGAUCUGGUGGUUCUGUUUUCGGAGCUGAAAGUAAUGAGGGAGAAGCAGAGCACCAUGAAGAACACGAUAAGACAGCUGACAAGGUACAAGAUUUAAACAAUUUAAAAGAUCAAAAUAUAACUGCUUUAAAGCCAUUUGGAUUUAGAAAAAUUUGUAGUUACUAAAGUCUGCUAAAAAUAUUAUAAGCAGGCGAAAGCAUUAGUUUGUUAACUAAAUUCUGCCAUAGUACGUUAUAAAUUUUUUAUGUUUUAGAGAUAACAUUCUUUUGUGGCAAAAGAUGGCGGCUCUUGAAAACGGCCAAAACAAGCAACAAGAAAACGUGAGACAGUUGGUACAGUUCAUGAUGGCACUAGUACAACCCCAAAAACGCCUUUCCAGCUCCCAACGUAUCAUGCAAUUGGAUGAAAUGGACGAAAGAGGACGUCGGAACGUGUCUCCGAAGAACGGCCGAACUUACAGUCAAUCUCCUGUCAACGCGUUGGCUCUUCAACGAGGCCAGAUGGUGAGACCUGCUCUUGACUUUGGCAUUCUGGAUGCAAUCCAACGAGAAUUGAAUGAGAACAACUUUGACAUUGGAUCAAGUUUGUCAAUGAAUGCCGAGAACGCUCUGCUUGAAGGCCUCCAGCUAAGACAACGUGCUAUUGAAGAGGGAGGACCGUACCUGGAAGAUGAUAUACUUCAGAACGUCGACGAUGAACCUCGUCAACUGAGUACGGCCAGGUCUUCUUUACAACGUUACCGGUCGAAUCCGGAGCCAGGAAUCAAAAGAUCCUUUAAGCAAUGUUUCCCAUCGUACUCGAACAGUGUCGUGCUGACUCCAAAGAAGUAUGCUCAUGAAGCCGUUACUGAGUACGAUAAUCCAUCCACAUCUCAGCAAGUUUACGAGGAAAUACCACAAUCGGUAGGUUCUCUAUGAAUUCUUUUAAUUUGUUAUAUAGUGUUAAGUUGGAGCCUUUGUGCAGUUUAUUUUAAUAAGCAAUUUAGGUUUUAUAUAUUUUUUAAAUAUUGAAAUAUAUUUCAAUCAAAACACGUUUUGAACGAAAAGGUGGUGACUAAUCUCUUAUCAACGUUGAUAAUAUUAUGUUUUAGGUGUCUGACAAUGCCGCUUUUGAAACGUACGCAAGUCCAGCUGGCAUGAACGAUCAAGAAUCCUACUACUACGUGGACGAGCAAGGAAACCAGUGCAUGCCCGAGCUUGACUUUGACCAGAUUUCGAACGAUUUCCUGCUUGAUAAUGAAGUCGUGAUCCCCCAAAUUGAGGGAACCGAUCAGCCGGAAGAGGAGGAGGACGGUCUCCGCGUCUGA